AUGGGCGUCAUCUGGCAUAUGGUGGCCAAUCCCUUCUACGCUGGACAAGAUGGUAUGGCUAUGAUCACAGCCGAUAUGGACCGUGACGACAAGAGGACUGUCAAAAUCGUUAAUGAUCCACGGUUGGAAAUGGUAGACGCGGAACGUGAUUUGCGAAGACUUGUGGCUUCAGAACUGGAGGGACUCAUGUUGAUCGGUGGCGUGGAUCUCAAGUACAUCCCCGGUAUGAAUAUUGAUGGCGUCGAAAAGACGGGCGGUCUGGCCAUAAUUGAUCAUGGUUCGGGGCUCAAGCGACAGUGGACCAGUGCCAUCUCCAUGGAAGAUGCCGCCGCAGCACAGAUGACAUCCACCCCUGGUGCGAGUGUCGUCCCAAGGCUCGGAAGGGUAGCACGAUGGUAUCUCCCGACCAUGGCGGCGGUAGCCAUUGGUAUGAUCUACCUUCCCAAGACCGCAUCACAGCCUCGCCGACCCCUUACGCUCGGUGAUGCUAAUGCCAACAUAGGCUUUGGCGUGACCAAUGCACUCAACGAGGCCAACCGCAAAGUACACUCUGCGCUUGAGCUCACUCAAGAACAAAAGAACCAGAUGCUCAUGGACUCUUACGGCGAGCGCUCAAGCUUGGAGGACAUGGAGCGGGCAAUUGCUGGACUCGAGGCCAAGAUGACCACCCAGAAGGACAGGAACAGGAUCUUGGAAGAGGCUUAUGGCGACAAGGCCAGCCUUGAGGACCUCCAGAGGGCCAUGGAGCUGUACGAGGUGCAGUGA